AAUCAAACAGUGUUGGUCCUUGAGUCCGGUUGGUACUGAGAAGAUCGAGGAUUACUACCGGGCAGCAAUACGCACCAAAUCCUCACCACCAAAGCUUAUCGUGCAUAUCGUCGUCAGAGAACUCUGGACAAAGAUCCUCGAUCGAGCGAACAGGCAAAGAACAGGGAGGGAAGAAUACAUUAGAGUAGGGGAAGGAGAAUGGGAGAUCUAUACGUAUGGCUAAUCUCCUUCUUCCUCCUUAUAGCCCUACUGGUCAUCAUCGUCUUCCAGCUUAUGUGCUUGGCAGAUUUGGAGUUCGAUUACAUCAAUCCUUAUGACUCUUCUUCAAGGAUAAACAAAGCGAUUAUGCCCGAGUAUAUUACAGAGGCAGCUUUGUGCUUAUUUUACCUAGUGACAGGGCAUUGGUGUAUGUCACUCAUCUGUGCUCCUUACCUCUACUACAAUGUCAGGCUUUACACAAGACAAAAGCAUCUGAUCGAUGUUACUGAGAUCUUCAACCAGCUCCACGCGGAAAAGAAGCAGCGGCUUUAUAAAUUAUUUUAUCUUAUUGUUCUCCUUUUCCUAGCAAUAUUCUGGAUGAUCUUGACUGCAUUGGAAGAUCACGACAUGGAUUAAGUUGCAUAGCUGCGCUCCUCGAUCGUAAUGUUCAGUGGAGGUACACGGUACAUAAAUCUGCCGCCUUGAAUUGAGCGGCGCUAGAAGAAACAUGGGGUUUGUGUAACUGAUGAUACAAUGUGGAAAUUCCAGGACGAAGAACUUAUUUCAUCUUCGUUGUUUUAGCAAUUAUAGAUUUCUUUGUAGACAUCAUACAACUAUUGACUUUCGUCUUUUGAUUAGAUGUAUUUUUUUUUUUCUCUUUGAUGUAUGUUCUUUUCCUUCCUCGCCCUCCAUUUACAAUUUCACUUGGUUUUAUGUUUUAUGCUGCGUCUAGCUAAGGAAGUUGGUUGACAUUCCGUGCUCGCCAAGGA